UCGGAUUCGCUCUUAUAAAAUUUUUACACGUGCAUCCUGAGCUUUCAUCAAGCCACAGUACUUGUAUUAUAAAAAUGUUUGUUAAAUAUUUGUUGACUUCUGGCAACAUGUCGAUAUAAUCGUUUCUAUAGAAAUUAUACUUUCAUACUUUUACAGAAGUGUCGCUUAAUUUUUUCAAAUCUUGUUUUCGAAUUACAAUUAUAGCCUGAGAAAGGAGAUUUGAUGUUUAAAUCUUGAAAGUUUCUGCUUUUGCAGAAAUGUAGGAAAAGUCUCUGUGUAUCUUUUACAGAUUAUAAGCUGAAAGGUUUCCAGAGUUAAAGAAAUACUUGUAAGUAAACUCGAAGGCGUUUAAACAUGCAGAAACUCGAUGUCAGUGUUGAAUAUGGUACCUGUCCAUUUCAAAAGGCAGCAGAAAUAAUUGAAAAUGUUUCUUCUGACGACUCUGAAAAGCAACUCGAGGAAAUUAUUCGUUCUGGUAGUCUGUACUUCGAUGAACAUACUGCAGAUACGAGGCAUAUACCAUUCAUGUUAACACCUUACAUUGUCAACAUGCGUGACAUUUUUUCGAAACUUUUAGAUGAAUGGAAGCUUCCUCUGCCGAGAAUUGUGCUAUUUGCUAUUUCCAGUUGGAUUACUUCACCUUCAGAGCAUCAACGUAAACUGAAUCAUAAAUUAGUUAAAGGUAUUAUGCAUGCUCUUAAUACCACAGAAAUGUGGCUGUGUACAGAUGGACUGAAUCGUGGUUUGAGUAGCGAAAUUGGUUCUGCAUUUGAUAGCGAAAUUUUGCGUAGGAAGUGCCUGUUAAGUAGUACUCAUAAAAUACACAUUUCUUCUUUUCCUGAAACAGCAUUGAUUGGUAUCUGCCGACAGGAGGAUUUAUACUUUUCUGACAAAUUUGGAGAACAGCAAAUCAACGGUGAGUCUUUAAAUUCAAAUGUUAUAGUAAAGCACGAUAUAAAUAGACCACACGAUUAUUUCAUUUUUGUCAGAGAUCAAACAGAAAGGAAGAAUGGUUUAUCUCAUUUCAUUUUGAAUUUUGCUAACCAUCUUAGAGAAUAUGUGCGUAUCAAACGAAAAACAGAAGCUGUUGUAAAACCACAUCGUUUUACAGUCAGAGUAAGUGAAAUUCCUGUCAUGGCCUUACUUGUGCAUGGAAAAGUCACCGAGAUUGAUUUAAUUUUAGGAUAUCUCAAACAUGGCCUACCCCUCAUUGUCAUCAAAGGUAGCGGCGGAUUGGCCGAUUUGUUGGCAUUUGCUUAUUAUCAAGUAACAUGUCGCCCUGAGGGAACUAAUAUGGCUGAGUACCACGAAGUUGUUCUAAAACCUCAGAUAAUCGACAAAAUUAAUCGUAUUUACCCAAAUUUAUACGAAUAUAAAAUAUCGGAAAGAACUCUCUGCCAGAAGAUAUUUGACUGCAUUCGAUAUUCGAAACAACAUGAUCAAGGUUUCUUAACCAUAUUAAGUCUUCGAGAUAUACAAUAUGAAUCUUCGCAUCUACCUUGCCACUUACUCACAGCUUUAUUCAAAUCUCAGACUUCGUACAAUAUUAAAGAUGCUAAACAGUUGAAGAAAGACCUGUUUCUUGCAAUGGAUUGGAACAGCCCUGACGUGGCGAUGACCGAAGUUUUUGCAAGGGAUCCAUCCAGCAAAUUUCAAAUUGACAACGAAACUUUCUUCAGGGCACUAAUCAAACCACAGAGAGAGCAAUUUGUUGCGCUUUUUUUGAACCAAGGCUUUCUGAUACGCUCAUUUUUGGAUAGCAGUACUUUGCUGGAGCUGUUUCAAAAUUCAUUAAACAAGGAAUUUUUCAGAACUAUUGUUUGGGAGAGCGUUCUGGGCUUUGGAUCGACUGUAGAGAUUUCACGAAAUUUUGUGGAUAGUAAAUUGAUUAUCUUGCUCGAGGAAUUAACAGGUGUGCCAUCCUUAAUUAAUACAUAUGAAUUAGACUGGAAUUAUCGAGAAAUUUAUGAUGACAGAACGCCUGAAGAAGCUGAAAGGAAAGCAGCUGCAGUGCUUGCAUUAUGGGGUAUACUUUCUUAUCGCGUCAAUCUCGUAAAAGCAUUAUGGAUGUAUUCCGAACAGCCGGUUCAUUUAUCUCUGAUAUGUUCUGUUAUUCUUAAGAAAUUACAAGGAUAUGUAUCUGACCUCAGUUUGAAGAAUGAAAUGGAAAAGCAAUCUAAAGAGUUUAGUCAGAUGGCUACUAGUUUGAUGGAUAAAUGCUAUGACAGGAUUCCCGCUAGAGCGGUAGAUUUAUUAUGUGAAAGAAAUCGCGUGUGGUCUUAUAAAUCAGUUGUCGAGAUUGCAGCAUAUGCGAAGAAUCGUAGAUUUUUGGCUCACGCAUGCUGUCAAAAAUACCUGGAUAAUUUAUUCAUGGGGAAAAUAAAAAUCCGAGACUUACCUUAUGGAGAUUUAACUAUACCGCAGUGGCUCAAAAUAGUUUUAUCUACAUUCUUAGUUUUUCCAAUGUACUUAUGGAUACGAUUUAAUGUAAGUGACGCAUCAGAGAAUUCCUUGAAAAAUGAGAUUUCAUCUUCUAGUCAAAGCCUCUUUUCAGCUGACGGGGAUAAAAUCUCAAAACUUUCUGAGCAUGAUACUUCAAAACACAUAUCCUUCGAAAAGCCUAAAGAAAGAAAUCUUUGGUUUUGGUCUAAAAUAUAUUAUUUGUGGACAGCUCCUAUAGCAAAAUUUUGGGUAUCUCAAAUAUUUUAUUUCUUGUAUCUUUUUUGUUUUAGUCUUGCCGUAAUUUGGCCUGCUUGCGGAAGUUUGUACCUUGAUUUCAUAACUUGUGUUUGGACAGGAAUUAUAAUUUUAGAUUUAGGGUAUAAUGCUUUUUCCAUAAGCCAGAAAUUUUCUGGGGUUAGAAUGUUUUAUAAGUAUACGGAAAUUUUGAUAAUGAGUUGCUUUUUAGUAUUUUAUGUGUUGAGUCGAAUAACUUGGCAUCGCCAGUUUAUGUCACCUUACAGUGCAAAAGUAAUGCUUUGCAUCGCUCUUCUUUAUUGUUACUACAGAUUAAUUUUUUUAUCAUUUCCAAUAUCCUCGGAAUUAGGUCCCAUGUUGUAUAGGGUCAAAAGGAUGACCCUUGUAGAUUUCAUGGGUUUUAUAAGAGUAACAGGCUUAGUUAUCAUAAGCAAUGGUAUUGUUAUACAUGCAACAAUUUAUCCUGAUUACCCGCUUAACUGGGAACUUGCGAAAAGAACAUUCUUUAAUGCUAUGGUAUCUUUUUUCCUUACUCCUGCCGAUCAUUUUGGAAUACCCGAUCCCAAAUGCAUUAAACUGGUGAGACAUUCAAAUAUGCAGUCUUUCAUUGGUUUACCAGAAAAUAUUUGCAAAGUAGGUAGAUACCUGAAACCUGACUGCCCUAAUCCUGGACUGUGGCCAUAUCUCUUUGGCCUUCAGUACCUAAUGAUACUGAGAUUAAUACUAUUAACCCUUCUGUAUGCACUUUUUAGUAAUACGCAUAUGAAGUUACAAGCAGAAGGGACUUACAUUUGGAAAUAUCAACGUUACGAACUGGUCACAGAUUUCAGCAAUCGUCUUGUUUUCCCACCGCCUUUAAGUCCAAUUAACUACAUAAUCAUGAUUUUUAAAUUUAUUUAUGAUUGGUUAUUUGGCGUGGAGAGAAAAGACCACGAUGAAACGGUAAUUUUAAAUAAGUAUGAUUUUCUGUACUGGAAAAGUCUAGCUUCGGAAUAUUACCAAGGAAAUCAGCAAAGCAAGGAAGACGAAAAGAAAACAAGAUGGCGGAGGGAAAAAGUGCAUUCUCUCAUGGAUGCUCUCAAUGAGCAAAGACACACAAUGAGAGAUCUUCAAGGGUAUUUAACUGACUUACAAAUUCAGGUAAAAAGCGCCCACCAGUAUUUGGAAAGGGCCAUGCUUCAAGUAUCCACUAACGAACGACUGCAAGCAAAAGGAACUCCUCAGAUAUUUUCUCGUAUUUCUCCUUACCCCCAUACGAAGAUUUCGCGCUAUCCAGUAUCCGAUAAACAUGUUCCUUGGCAAUGUGCUUGGACUGCCUAUGACCCCAUUGCGUACACGAAGCCUUCAGAAGAUUUUCCCAAGGAAUUACGACAUCAUGUAGAUGUAGACAUACAACUCAGACGCGAAAUCGAAGGUGAAGAAUUCCGAAUGCCAGUAUUCAAGUGGAAUAUGUCUUCAGUAAGUCCUGGUGGAGUGUACUUAGACCGCCAGUCUUGGAUUUUAGAAAAACAAAGCGAGCCUUUCAUUUAUGAUCUCGAUUCAGAAGAGUUGCCAAUGAAUCCCAUGGGGCGUACUGGCUUGCGAGGGCGCGGCUGUCUUCCGCGUUGGGGUCCUAACCACUAUAUAUAUGUGAUUAUUACGCGAUGGAAAGCAACAGAAGUUUUGUCUCUUCGCAAUUACUUAGAAGUCGUUAUUGUGGUUUCUGAACACGAAGUUACUCUGCCUGGUGGUUACGUGUCUACCGAAAAUAUUUAUUUGGUAAUUAAAUCUCUCUUUCACUGCGAAGAAUUAUGGAGGACCUCAAGUGAUAUGAUAGAAUUUUUCGCGUCUCUAGUGCAGUCAAACCAAACACCCGUGGCUAGUACUUCAACGGUUACCCCUGCAGUACGCAGAAGUACGAGUGGAGAUGUAAGUUAUGAUCCACUGGCUUAUGAAGUGAUAAAAAGAGGCUACUUAGAUGAGGCUACCAACACAGAUCAGGCCUGGUGUGAAGCUGAAAUAUGGCAUUUCCAUUACAAUGUUCCUUGUUCUAUAGAUGAGACAUUUAAAGCCCCUAUGAUAUGGAUGGAGUUGAACGAAAUCCUUUUGGAACGAAUUCCUAUUGGUCAGGCCGCAUUAUUGCAUACUGUAGCUAAAAAAAUGAAGGCAGUGCUCGAAGUCACAUAGUUAUGUAGUAAUUAGUAGUUAAAUGUUUCUUUUUCUGUACUUUCUUUGAACUUUUGUUUGUGAAUACGAAAAUGGGUGUAUUUUUAUGUACAUGAUAACAUGUAUUCUUUCAAUUCUGUAUCAAAAUUUUUUGGUUUCAAUAAAAUGUGAAUA